AGGGCUGGGAUGGGACCUGGUGCUGCUGAGUCCCCGCGGUCCAGCGCGGCGCCCCCACGCACGUGCGUGGGCCUGGGUUUUUUUUCCUGGGAGAUUUGCGGUGGGAACAUUAGGCGCAGGAGCGGCCCAUUGAUACUGCGAGAUCCAGUGCAUGAGUGAUGCGUGCCGGGCGUGGCUGAACUACCGAAACUCAUCCUACACUCCCCUAAGGGAGCCGGCAUCUCUUGCCGAGAGGAGAAAAACAUGUGGGAAUGGCUCUUCCAGGUCUGGGACGAGGGCAAGGCGUCCCUUCCUGAGGCCUCCUUCUCACAGUGCACGCCAGGAGUGCCCAAGGGAGGGAGGGGUCGCUGAAGACCUGAGGGCGAUCUUGGCUCUCCUGCGCUCUCCCAGCCCAACCCAAUCCAGGGCGCACUGCACUCUGCUCAGUGAGGAGGCUCCAUCGCAGAAGGUAGGUCUGCAGGUGGGCCCUGGACCCCUUAAGAAGGCCUGGUGUAGAGUACAGGGUCCUCCUGGGUCAGGCGGCACCGAGGAUUCCUUGCCCCUGCCAGCCCGCUGUGCAGAGAGGGUUCUGCGGGGAAGGAGCAGCCUCUCCCCAAGGCUGGGUGGGAGACCAAGAAGCCUUCACAUUGCUUCUCCCUCCCCAGGCGCUCUCACCACGCCCCUUUGUGCCUCCCAACGCAUGGGCCUCCCCUUUCCCUCCAUCUCAGGAUGCCCUCCUCAAGCCCCUCCAGCCAGGCAUCCUUGCCUGUGCCCACAGCAAGGGUCCUCAACAAAGUCAGUCUGUUUUCACCUGCCUCCCUAUCAGAAUUUCUUGUCCUUCCUCUCGCAGCUGAGUCACCCUGACCCUGGACUCCUCUACCCCCACCCAGGCCCUUCUUCCCAAGUAGUGGGGCCAAAAAUUCGGCCCCCGGGCCUUUUCUCCCUGAGGGUCUCCUGUGUUACGGCAAGUAUGAUGCAGGCCUGGUGGGGACCACAAACGGGGCAGGUCAAAGGACAGAGCAGGACCGUGUUCGACCCUCAGCCUGGUCUCUGCCCUCAGACCCAGUCCCUGGAGUCCUAGUACAAAAUCUACCUUCUCCCAGUGGGACGGUGCACCUCUGCCCCUGGGGGCCAAUGUAUAUGGGGGGGGGCAUGCUGCUCCCUCACUCAAGAUUGGAGUUCAAUGGCAAACCAGAGGGCCCUGCAAGGACCCAGGUGUCCUUGUUUCCAGAUGUAGGGGCUGAAUCCUGACGUGCUGGGCAGCCAGGGCAUCAAGACCAGCCCCUGAGAUGGAGCAGGGCAGAACCUCAGACAUUCUCCCCUGGGGCCCUGCCCCUUCCUGGGGAGCCAGCUGGGGUAGAAUUACCCGUGGGAGCAGAAGAGACAGCAACUGUUGGGGCUCUCAGUGUUCAAUCUGUAUGAUGGGAAUGGUGUGGGGACACACACCAUGGCUGGGCGAUGGGUCAGUGCGUGGGACUUGGCCGUCCUGGUGCAGAACCAGCCUUGCUGCCGGCAGGUAUCAGGCCACUGUGGGUGAGGACACUUCGGGUGCAGAGGGCAGGGCCUGGCUGGCAUCUGCCUGAACCCAACUAAGAUUCUCCUCCUGGGAAGCCUUCCUUUGCCAUCCCUGGCUCUCCUGCUACUCAUCCCCCCAACUCUGCCUCAGCUCCAUGGGGAACCCCACAAAGGGCUCUGCCUCUUUGGGCCUCCUUCCCUCAGGGGAGCCCCUACUCACUGUCCCUACUGCCCAGCUGUUGGGGUUCUGUCCUGACCUCCCAACCCCCAACACUGUGGUCCAUCUGAUGGUGCCCCCUCUUCCACCUAAGCUCUCCAUGGCUCCCCGGUGCCCUCAGUUCAGAGGACAAAUUCUGGUUCCCAAACCGAUUCUCAGUCUGGCCCUGCCCACUUCCUUCUUCAAUGGCAUCCUGCGCCUCCUGCUGACCUGCCAAGUCUUGCUCUCUGCUUUUGUCUUUGGAGAGGACUCCACCUCCCACCCCCACC